GAUUUUGUGCUGCCUAUAACUUGAUAAAACCCGCGAUCGCUGGCUCAACGUGACCACUGUCACUGCUCGCGGUAUUUAGCAAACGUUUUUUUUUGUUUGUCAAUCAUGAAGCUCACCGUUUUAGUUAUUUUAAUUACGCAAGUACACUUGUUCUCGUGUCAAAAAAGCCGCAGUGUGUGGAAUACCGAAGACUAUUAUCAAAAUCGCGAACGUUUUGAAAAACAAGAAUUACCAAUUCGCCGUCAAUAUUACAAUCCAGACCAAGGAUACCAAGAAGGGCCAUCGGUAGUAAACAGACCGUGCAUUGACAUCCCACACCCAGAUAAUACUGAUGUCUAUACUGCUGAUUAUGAUGCAUGCGAAGGUAAAGAUUUCCGUACUUGCGGCAUGCAUACGUAUCCUGGGCAAUAUUCGCGGCGAGCAAAGGUCAACCCUAGUCCCGGAUCUCGAAGCAUACCGCGGAGUAAAUAUACCAGAAAUCUGUCCACAAAUGAUCCCUCGUCCGCCGAGCAAAUAAUAAUCGUAGCCCCAUCGAGACAUCAUCGUCGUCCGUCUCGUCCUAUCGUCAAAAAUUACAACUCUGCAGUCGACUCACGCAACAACAUCGACAUCGAACGAGUUCCUUCAGAUAUAAAUGAUGACGUUAUUGUCGAAGAGAAUGACCCCGAAUUGAUUGAGUCUGAAGGACGUGUCCAAAGUGCGCCUCUUCGUUGGAACGCUCAAAAAUCAAAGAAUAAAAAUUUGAACGUCAAUAGCAAUACCAAAGGAAGACGUCAAUAUGAUCCUCAGUCUGGUUAUUACCCAGUUCGUCAGUAUCCUCCAAGUUCUCAACCUUCCGAGUACCCGAAUUAUCCCCCGAACCCCCAGUAUCCCCAGAAUCCACGAGAAGUCCCACCAAGUUAUUCCCAGGGUUAUGAUUACCCUUACGAUCAACCUGGCCAACCAGAUCCACGGGAUGUUAUCCCUGUCCUAGAAGUUCCGCAAUCGUCACGAAACACAAGACGUCGAGUAUCUGAGAACAAAAACACAAAUGUCAACACCAAUGUCAACACCAACAACGAGGCAAGACGAAGAUCUCUCAAUGACAACAAAAAUGUAAAUGUGAAUGUCAACAAAGCAAAUGCUGAAAAUGCUGAUGACGAGACUGCGACGAAUGACGUCGAAGCUGGUAAUGCAGACGCUGACAAUCUCGUUGAAGCCAAUGACGAUACAACUUAUUAUGAGAGUGUCAUAAGUCCAGUGUCAGUUACUAGUAGGCGUUAUCAAGCUGCGAAGACUGAUGACAGUAACGGAAAAAGCCGAAGAGGCAGUCGUAGAUCAAAAAAUUUGGACCCUUCGUCUGCUAGUCGAGUCCAGUCGCGUAGGAAUACAAAGUCUUUAGGAUCUGACAGUCGAAGGAAAUCUGAAACUGAAAAUUCAGGCAAAAGACGGAACAUAGUCACUGUCGGCGAUUCCACUGCUGCUAAUGGGGUUGAUGCUUCUAAUAAUCAGAUAAGGGGUUCCCGCGGAAUGAGACCAACAGUCGUCGUGACAGCACGUCGACUACUAAGAAAUCGCGAUGAUAAUAAGAACAUAAACAUCAACAACAACGUCAACAACGCAGCUAUUGAUGACGAUAUCAAGGUUGAUUCGCGAAGACUAUUGACAUCCUCAGCUUUUAUUGAUGACAAUGACGCUAAUGGUGUUUCUUAUUUACCCCAACUGCCUCUCAGACAUCGUGGGCGCAAUAUCAAUGAAAAUAAAAAUGUUAAUAUAAAUGUCAACAGAUUCGAUAGCUCCGAAAAUGCUUAGUCUGUCUCAUGAUCACGUCAUUGAAUUUUAUUUUCACUGAUACAAUUAUUAUAACAUACAUUAUUCACAAAUUUAUUAUAAUAAAUGUUAAUGAAAUAUAUUUAAAUAAAUAAACAAAGUCCGCUAGAUAAAUAACGAAUUUUUUUAUUGA